AUGGUACCGUUAUCCUCUCUAUUCCUCUCUCUUCCUUUCUCUUCCCUCUCAACCCUUCUCUCUUCCCCCUCUCCCUCCCUCUUCCCUCUCUCUUCCUCUCUCUUCCCCCUCACUUUCUCCCUCUUCCCUCUCACUCCCCCUUUUUUCUGUCUAUGGCACGGAGCAGACCCGCCCACAGGCAACGGUGGAGACCCGCCCACAGGCAACGGUGGAGCACUCCCUUUGAGCUUCAAGGUGACAGACAGCUACAUGCUUUGUGCGAUGGGCCUCUACACUGCUGCGUGCGAUGGGCCUCUACACUGCUGCGUGCGAUGGGCCUCUACACUGCUGCGUGCGAUGGGCCUCUACACUGCUGCGUGCGAUGGGCCUCUACACUGCUGCGUGCGAUGGGCCUCUACACUGCUGCGUGCGAUGGGCCUCUACACUGCUGCGUGCGAUGGGCCUCUACACUGCUGCGUGCGAUGGGCCUCUACACUGCUGCGUGCGAUGGGCCUCUACACUGCUGCGUGCGAUGGGCCUCUACACUGCUGCGUGCGAUGGGCCUCUACACUGCUCCCCCUCAUCAACAGAAGUGCCGUAGCCCGAAACCCCAAUCUCCCAUCCCAUCCCAACAUCUCCCUCUUCAUUCCAAUCUCUCCUCCCUUCCCUGACAGAACGUCCUUUGAGCGGCACGACGACAGCUACGUGCUGCGAGCCAUGGGGCUCUGCUACCUGAAGCCUUAA